GCGGGGCCGAUGACAUGGACCUUCCCAGUUACGGUGAUGUGCUUGGCGAUGGUGGUACCUCCGCUCCCUCACACGCUCGGUUGAACCAGCUGGGCAACCGCUCCACAGUGCGCAUGGGCAUGUCCACUGCUGUGAUCCAGGGCAGCACAGACGAGUUCAACCUCAUGUCCCAUAACGUCGACGCACGCGGCCGCAACGGAGCGGUCGAGGCAAUGGAAG